AUUCACAGGUAUGGAAACUUGUUCAAAUCACAUAUACUUGGAUGUCCGACUGUAGUCUGCAUGGAUCUGGAGAUCAACAGAUACAUCCUAAUGAAUGAAAGCAAAGGACUUGUACCUGGAUACCCAAAAUCUAUGCUGGAUAUUUUAGGGGAAUGUAACAUUGCUGCUGUUACUGGUCCUCUUCACAAGUCUAUGAGGAAUGCCAUGCUUGGUCUCAUCAAUCCUUCCAUGCUGAGAGAACACCUUCUUCCUAUAAUUGAUGAAUUCAUGAGGUCACAUCUUAGUAAUUGGAAUGAUAAAGUUAUUGAUAUCCAGGAGAAAACAAAAGAGAUGGCACUGUACUCAGCUCUGAAACAGAUUGCUGGCAUUGAAAAUGGACUCGUUUCUGAAGCCCUCAAAAUUGAGGUAUUUCAGCUUGUUCUGGGAACUCUAUCAUUGCCCAUCAAUCUUCCUGGAACAAAUUAUCGGCGCGCUUUUCAGGCAAGAAGGAAGAUUGUUGAAAUUUUAAAGGAGAUAAUUGCCAAGAGGAUGACUUCUGAGUGCUCCCAGAUUGACAUGCUUGAUCUUCUACUCAAGAGUGAUGAUAGUAUGAAAUCUAAACUUACUGAAGAACAAAUCAUAGAUUUAAUCAUUGCUCUUAUUUAUUCGGGCUAUGAAACGGUCUCUACAACUACGAUGAUGGCUGUCAAAUUCCUCCAUGACCACCCAAAAGCUCUUCAAGAACUCCGAGUAAGAAGUUUA